AUGGUGAAUGCAGCAAGUGGUGGAGGGCUAGUGAAUAAGACUCCAGGAGAUGCAACUAGGUUGAUUGCAGAGCUAGCAGAAAAUUCUAGGCAAUUCAGUCAGAGAACUCCCACGCGCCGGGUGAAUUUAGCAAAUUCGAAUACAACUGAGUUAGAGAGUCAAGGGAACCAACAACAACAGCAAAAUGCUCAAGGCCAGCAACAGUAUCAGCAAUAUAGGGCACCAUUACCCAAACCUCAAGGCCAAAGCUCAAAUUCGAAUAAUAUGUCAACUGAAGAAAUGAUUAGAUCAUUAACUUCUAAUGUUUCUACUAUGCAGCAAAAUAUGGUGCAAUUUCAGCAAGAAACCAGAUCAAGUAUUCAAAACUUAGAGAAUCAAUUUAGUCAAAUCUCUAGUGCAGUAAGCCGACUUGAAGCUAAGGACUCUGGAAAGCUUCCAUCUCAAACGGAGCUGAAUCCUAAGCAACAGGUCAAUGCAAUAACAUUGAGAAAUGGCAAAGAGUUGCAAGAAACUGCAGUUGCAACUAAGAGGGCUAAAGACUUGAUUGGAACUGAAGAGCAAGAAGUAGAACAUGAAGCUGUGGCGAAUCCACCAACUUUUCCCUCUUAUGAACCCACACCACCGUUCCCUGAAGCCUUGCAAGAUACUCGAAGGUAUGAGAAAGACAAGGAUAUUUAUGAGACUUUUAGCAAAUGUGAGGUAAAUAUUCCCCUCUUGAAUGUGAUUAAAAGUAUUCCUCGUUUUGCUAAGUUUAUGAAAGAACUGUGUACUAUCAAGAGAAAGCAUAGGUUGGGAGGAAAAGAGAAGGUAAAGGUGAGUGCUCAUGUUUCUGCGGUUUUCCAAAAGAAAAUCCCAGAAAAAUGUGGUGAUCCUGGUAUGUUUAUUGUUCCUGUUACAAUAGGAGACACCACAUUGCACCGAGCUAUGUUGGACCUAGGUGCAUCAAUCAAUGUCAUUCCCUACUCCCUGUUUAAAUCUUUAAAACUUGGACCUUUACAUGGAACUGGGGUAGUGAUUCAGUUAGCGGAUAGGUCUAAUGUGUAUCCUAAGGGGGUGGUGGAAGAUGUGUUGGUUAAGGUUGAUGGUUUGAUUUUUCCUGCUGACUUUUAUGUGCUUGACAUGGAACAUGACAAACAAGAAGUCCCCAUCUUGUUAGGAAGACCUUUCUUGAAGACUGCUAAAACAAAAAUCGAUGUGUCUACCGGUUCCUUGACUAUGGAGGUUGAUGGGAAAGCAAUUGGGUAUAACAUUUAUGAUUCCAUAAAGUAUCCUGUCAACACUCAUUCUUUAUGUUCUCUUAAUGUUGUCGAUCCAAUGGUGCAUGAUGUUCCUAACAAUGAUCGUGGGGAUGAGUUCCUCACACCUAUAACUAAUGUUGUAUCUGGUGAUUGCUUGGAUUUCUCUAUGCAUACUAAUGUGCAGGUGAAGGUGGGGGAAUUGAAUGAACAUUCCAAGCUUCCACCUAUACCACCAGGUUAA